AGCGUGUCCGUCAGCCCGUGGCGCUCGUGCCACUCGUGCGUGCCCGCGAAUAAAUUUUUGAGGUUAACGUUCGGUGGUUCGCGCACGAGCGAGCUCGCACGAACACCGAGAGCGUUCGCACGAUACUUCGACCCAAGCACGCCGAUGUAAAAGCUCGCAACGAUCUCACAGUCAUGGCAGUACGCGUACAAUUCGAGAACAACAACGAGAUCGGCGUCUUCUCCAAGUUGACGAACUCCUACUGUUUGGUCGCGAUCGGCGGCUCCGAAAACUUUUACAGUGUAUUUGAGGCGGAAUUAGCCGAGACAAUCCCAGUUAUUCAUGUAUCAGUAGCAGGAUGUCGCAUCAUAGGUCGAUUGUGCGUUGCGAACAAGAAUGGAUUGUUAGUACCAAAUACGACAACAGAUACAGAAUUGCAACACAUUCGAAAUUCCUUACCAGAUAAUGUGAAAGUGCAGAGAGUGGAGGAAAGGCUCUCUGCUCUCGGCAAUGUAAUAGCAUGUAAUGAUUACGUCGCUGUAGUUCAUCCAGAUCUGGAUAAGGAAACUGAAGAAAUUUUAGCUGAUACUCUGAAUGUGGAAGUAUUUAGACAAACCAUCGCAAGUAAUGUUCUCGUCGGUUCAUAUUCCAUUUUAUCUAAUCAAGGAGGUUUGGUGCAUCCAAACAUGCCUAUUCAGGAGCAAGACGAGUUGUCCUCUCUUCUGCAAGUGCCACUUGCGACUGGAACGGUGAAUAGAGGCAGUAAUGUGAUUGCUGCCGGUAUGGUUGUAAAUGACUGGGCUGCUUUUUGCGGCAUGGACACAACCUCGACAGAAAUCGCACGUAUCGAGAGCGUUUUCAAGCUUAACGAAGCCAAUCCAACUUCUAUUACAUCGAGUAUGCGCGCACCUUUUAUAGAAAGUAUGUCGGACUUAUAAAACAGGACUUCUUCAAAAUAUCGGAGAAAAAGUAUGUUGGACUAUACAUUACAUAUAUGUACAUAAAACUCGAUAUUUAUGGCUUUAUAUAUCAGCACAAAAUUAUUCUUUCGUCAACAUAUCUACGACAACUCUUCUUCGUGAUUCCAACAUAAGAUAAUGUGUGUGCUAAGAUACUCUAUAUUAAAAUUUGUACGAAAUA